AGCGGAACUUUUAGUUUCGGUAUAAGAAUAUAUAUUGUGGCAACAAGCAGACCAUGGCAAACAUUAACCAUGCUGUGUCUCCUUAUCAUUGUAUGCUUCAUGAAUGGAGCUUAUUCUUCAGAUAUUACUGCACGAGGAGAUACAUCAGUUGUAUUCGGUGAAGAAGCCUCGCUUUCCUGCGCGCUAUCGAAUCCGUCUGGAGUCAAACAGGUGACUUGGCAGAGGGCGCGCUCCGACGACCGCGCGGAGACUUUGGCUACAUUCAGCGAGGUUUACAAGCAUCAUGUUGAGGAUCAGUACGUCGGAAAAGUGACUUUGACGACGGCGUCAUAUAAUUCAACGUCUAUUGUGAUCAAAAACGUGACAUUUGAGGACGAGGCUUGCUACAUUUGUUCUUUCCAAGCGUAUCCAGUCGGCGCCAAAUGGAAAACAUUGUGUCUAACUGUUAAAGGUAUAUCAGAAAUAACAGCAAACAUAAAUCCUGCAUCCAGUUCUGAUUCAGAAGUUUCAGUCACGUGUUCGGCCACUGGUAAACCCACACCGAUACUCCAGUGGAAAUCCACAGAGAAACACCAGAACCUCAAACUUUCUGGAUCAAAUACUUCAGUAAAUGUCAACAAUGAUGGUUCAAACACUACUACAAGUAUCCUAAAACUUACAUCGUCACAAUAUCAUGGGAAGUAUGUGGAAUGUGUGGCUCUUAGUGGCAACAUAGAGGAAAAGUACCAAAUCUACUUGAAGGGAGAAAAUGAUGAAGAAAACAUUACAUCAAGAUCCUAUAUCAUUACAGUUAUCAUCGUCGUUUUCAUGCUUAUUAUUAUUUUGGUCAUCAUCUGUCUUUACAAGCUGCUAAAAGGUGCCAAUGUAAUGAAGAAAUUUACUUCUGCAGAAUCACUUCGUGGUGAAGUUGUAAUAGAAUGCUGAAUGAAAUUUAAAAGUCCUCAACUACCUCAACAUUUCUGUCAAAUGACCUUCAUGGAUGUAUUUUGAUGUUUGUGUUUGCCUUACCUCUGUGUUAUUUAAAUAAUUUGUGAAUGUCUGUUGUAUUAUUAUAUAGUUUUAUAUUUUUUUAUGUAUUUUAUUUUUAUAUUCAGUUUUAUGUAUUUAUUCACACAUGUUUACAUUACUGUGCAGUGUGCACAGCCCAUAAAUUAGUCAGAUUUUGUAAUUUUUCAGAGUAUUUGCAUCAUGUCUGUUACACCUACAUGUAUUUCAAAACAUUUCACAUUUGCUCUGCACUUUAUAGUUUUCAUAAUGAUGCACUUACACUUAAAAACUAUAAACUGUUUCAUUAUUUAAUUUAUAUAGGGCUAAUUUCCUGGACAGGGAUUAGACUAAUCCUAGACUAAAAUAAAUGUAAAAGCUGUCCAAACUGAAAACAAUUUGCACUGACAUAUCUUUAAAUACAUCAGUGCUCUUUGUUUUGCCUUAAAAAUGCACACAUGUUGUUAUAUUUCCUAAUUUAUCUAAGGCCUAGUCCUAGUUUAAGAUAAUCCCUGUCCGGGAAAUCACCCCAUAGUCUCUUUAUUAAAGUUUUU